AUGUCUGUGCUCGCUUAUCAGGAUCGGUUAGAUCAAUUGAUUGCCGGAGCGAUAAUUUUAUCAUUGCCUUCUCGUGCACAACUCAAGAACAAGUAUUUCGGCGAAUGCAAGGGUCUCAAUAAUUUCAUGUCGAUGGUAUAUGUAAAGAACUCAUCAAAAUCAUCUCUUGGAACACCAGAGGCUACGACGCUAAAAAGAAACAUCCGCCUUUACUUCCAGGGAUGUUUGCAAGCAGGAUGCUUCAUGCUGGUAUCAGUAUCUUUCCAUGUAAUCUCCACAAUGUUCACGACAAAAUGGGCGCUGUUUGCCACCACAACGCUUGUGUGGGAGUUGUCGCAUGCUGUGGACGGGCUCAUAUUGAUUGUCUUCCACGACAGAUUCCGAGUAAUACUAUGUCGGCCACAAUUGCUGUGGCAAAGAAAGAAGCUCAACAAAAUAGCCCAUGAUAACCAACGUAAAGCCGCAGACGCCAUGCAGUAC